AUGCCUCCCGAUCGGAGAUCCGUCCCGACGGCUAAUUCAUAUGGAAAAGCAUGCUCGGAGUGCGCUAGAUCAAAAUGUAAAUGUGUGCCCAAGCCCGACGGAGGUGCUUGCGAACGAUGUGAUCGGUUGAAGAAGGUCUGCGUCCCAGGGCAAUCGUCGCGGGCGCGACAAGCUCAGCGCAAUAAUCCUAUUGCUCGCCUCGACCAGCUUGAAGGCAAACUGGACAGUAUCGUCUCGAUCUUGGGCUCAAACGCAUCUCUGGGUGCUCAAUCGCCUGCGGUGGGAACCCCAUCACCACCGAUCCCAAGCUUCGGUACGUCUCGCUCUCGAGAUGCAUCCGUGGUUCCUGUCCCUUAUCCAACCGGUACUUUGACAGCGUAUGAGCUCGCUCCUGAACAGUAUCUCAACUACUUUUCAACCCAUUGCUUGAAGUACUUCCCCAUCAUCCAUCUUCCCCCGGACACAGAUGCGCAGCAACUGCGGCAGACGCGGCCGUUCUUAUGGAUCUGCAUCGUGGCCGCGGCAUCUCAAUCCUCACAUCACAAGAUGGCGCUGGGCGAAAAGAUCAAGCAGGAAGUGACGAGGCGCAUGUUUCUUGACAACCACCCGUCGAUCAAGAUCGAUCUUCUUCUGGGCUUGUUGAUCUUUUUGGCUUGGGGUCAUAAUCAGAUCCUCAACUCGAAUCCGGCGCAGUUGGCCAGGUUCACGCAAUUAGCGACGACUAUGGUGUUUGAUCUUCGUCUGAAUAAACCUCCGCAAGAGGAAUCUAAUAUGCUGCCGGUCAGCCAGAGACCCUUUGCGGCGAAUGGACAGCCACACUCGCUCGAGGAGCGACGUGCUGUACUUGGUUGUUUUGUGCUGAGCUCAAUUGUCUCUGUCUACUUUGGACAUAUUGAUCCGUUGCAGUGGACGCCUUAUAUGGACGAAUGCGCUGUGGCUUUGCUGCGAACUCAGGAGUCUCCGUACGACGAGAUGUUUGUCCAUCAAGUGAGGCUGCAGCGUAUCGUUGGCGAAGUCGAAAAUGUUCGAGAGGCCUCAACAGCUUCACCGGACUUUUAUUUGAAGUUUCUGCAGCAGAAAGUUGACGAGAUCAAAGUUAACAUGCCUGCGCAGCUGCAACAGAAUCGUAUCCUCUCCGCCACAGUAUACUACACCGAGCUAUCAAUCUUCGGUCUCAUCCUCUCUCGAAAAGCCCCACCGGGAUUCCAGCGCCUCGAAUACCUCUACGCGUGUCUCAACACCGUCCAAGCCGCAACGAACAACUUCCUCGCCAUCCCCGUCUCAGAUUACCCCGGCAUCUCGUGUCCCGUCUUCACCCAAAUCGUCCGGUACAUCAUAGUUCUCUACAAACUCUCCACUCUCAACGAUCCAGUCUGGGACCUGAACCUGGUCCGUACCAACAUCGACGUAGUUCAAGUGAUCGACCAAGUGAUUCGGAAUAUCGAGCAAGCCAUGGCCGAAGUGGGCGAUCAGUGUGCUGGUGGAUCUCUGGAACGCGCGAGGGAUAUUUUCGCAAAGUUCAAGUCUUGGUCGUUGCCGAAUUUGCCGGCUACGACGGAAGCUCUUCGAGCGAGUACGAAUGUGGCUGAGGAAGGGGAUUUCACUCAGAUUGCGCAAAGCAAUGUCUUGCUGGAUGCGCUGUUCUCGGAGGACUGGUGGCUGAAGGACAAUUUGUUCUAUGGGUUGCAGGUAGGUGGGAAUAUGGACGGCUGA